GCCUCUGAAUGGUUAAGUAUUAUACAGAGUCUGAAUGGUUAAGACCUCUUAUCUGAAUUGAUCAGACAUUUGCCUCUGAAUAGUUAAGCAAUAUACUAGCUCUUAAUGGUUCAGACCUCUUACUGGUUCAGCACUUAAUGGUUCAGACCUCUUACUGGUUCAGCACUUACCCAUUCAGAAGUUGCCAAACAGCCCCUUAAGUGUACACCACUAUCUCAGAGACACACAUUAGAUAUUUGUAGCAAAAUCCAUUUUGAAUCAAUCAAAUUAUAUAAUUUGUGAAUUAAUAAUCUUUUUUCAAUUCUUUUCGAUUCUUCUAAUUUCUUCUAAUUUCUUUUCAUUUCUUCCAACAUUUAAUUAUUUUUGAGAAAAAAAAAACAGCCUCUGAGUGAGAAGCCAUUGAGUGAGACGUAUUCAAAAAAAAAAAAAAAAAGUGAACAGGCGAGAAAUUGAACGCAAAAAUGGCAAUAUGGCAUCAAUCUCAACUUCUUUUAACAUUCUCCGCCGCCCCUCUCUCCGCCGCCCCACGCAGAGAAUCCCUGCGGCAGAGCGGCCUGCUUCUCUCCCGUGUCUCCGAUAACGUCGCCGAAGACCUCCAACUGCGUUCGAUAGAUCCCGGCUCAACAGGAGUAUUUCCGACAACGUCGCCGAAAACCUCCUGUUGCCGGCUCAACAGGAGUAUUUCUGUGAGCGUUAUGAUGCUUCAUGUACACAGUUCCUCCGGAAUCGUGCGAGGCCAAGAGAAUCGGCACAACCGUACUCAAGAAAGCCUCCGCCUCUGUUCUCAGCCGUAUGAAUAUGAACCCCAGCAAGUAUUUUUCCGUUCUUCCUUCCAUUCUUUGAAUUUUCGAAGGUUAUAUUUGCAAGCUCAUGCAUCUAAAUCCACCUCACUACGAGAAAACCUGCCCCUUCUCAAAAUUGGAAGUCCCACAACUAUUAAGUUUGAUAGAGGAGUUAGGGUUUUUGCUAGGGUUAAGCUUCGGUGUUGUUCAAAGGCUUUAGGUUCUAGUUCGAAAACUACCAUGAAUGGUAAAAGGAAAGGGCAUGCAGGUGUAUUGCCAAUUAUUUUGCGGUCUUUGGCCACUGAGAGUGAGGCUGAGAAGAUACUCGAUUCGUAUUGCGGCCAACUUAGUGCUAGGGAGUUAACUGUGAUUCUCACGGAACAGAGUAGUUGGGAGAAGGUAAUUAGGGUGUUCGAGUGGAUGAAAUCGCAGAAAGAUUAUGUGCCUAAUGUGAUACACUACAAUGUUGUGCUACGCACCCUGGGCAGAGCCAGAAAAUGGGAUGAGUUGAGACUCUGCUGGACUGAGAUGGCGAAAGAUGGGGUUUUGCCAACAAAUAAUACAUACGGAAUGCUUGUUGAUGUGUAUGGAAAAGCAGGUCUUACAAAGGAAGCACUUCUGUGGAUUAAGCAUAUGAAGGCGAGAGGAAUUUUCCCCGAUGAGGUUACAAUGAGCACAGUGGUUAAAGUUUUGAAGGAUGCUGGAGAGUAUGAACGGGCAGAUAGGUUUUAUAAAGAGUGGUGCACUGGGAAAAUCACUUUUAAUGAUCUUGAUUUGGAUUCUGUUAGUGAGCCGAACACAAUUUCUAGUUCAGAGCCCUUAAGUUUGAAGCAAUUUUUAUUGACUGAGCUUUUCAGGACAGGAGCCAGGAGCCCAUCUAGGGCUGUGGAAUUUUCAGAAGCAGAGGGAUCUCUUAGGAAACCUCGACUUGCAUCAACGUAUAAUACUCUGAUUGAUAUGUAUGGAAAGGCAGGCCGUUUACAAGAUGCCGUGGAUGUGUUCGCAGAAAUGCUAAAGUCUGGAGUGACAUUGGAUACUUUUACUUUCAACACCAUGAUCUUUAUUUGUGGAAAUCAUGGUAAUUUGGGCGAAGCUGAAGCUUUGCGCUAUAAGAUGGAGGAAAGAGGGAUAUCUCCAGAUGUAAAAACAUUCAAUAUCUUUAUCUCUCUGUAUGCCAAUGCAGGGAACACAGACAUAGCUCUUCAGUACUACAAAAGGAUAAGGGAGUUUGGCCUUUUCCCUGACGAUGCAUCUCGUAGAUCCAUCCUUUUUAUACUAUGCAAAAAAAGAAUGGUGCAUGAAGUUGAGGCCGUGCUUAAAGAAAUUGAGAGUUUAGGCAUGCAUGUUGAUGAGGGGUGUCUUCCAGUUGUUACAGAACUGUAUGCUAGUGAAGGACUGAUGGAGCAAGCGAAGAUCUUACUUGAAAAGUCUCAAUUGACUGGUGGUCUGUCAUCAAAGACUUACGCUGCCAUCAUGGAUGUGUAUGCAAAUCGGGGACUCUGGGCUGAAGCUGAGGAUGUUUUCUCCUGUAAGAGGGAUAUGUUCAGGCAGAGGAGAACAGUGUUGGAGUAUAAUGUCAUGUUCAAAGCUUACGGGAAAGCAAAGCUCUAUGAUAAAGCCUUUUCCCUCUUCAAGGGAAUGAAGAGUCAAGGGACAUGGCCUGAUGAAUGCACUUAUAACUCUAUGAUUCAGAUGUUUUCCGGAUGUGACUUAGUGGACCAAGCAAAGAAACUUUUAACUGAAAUGCAAGAUGUUGGAUUUAAACCAUCAUGUCUGACGUACUCUGCAUUAAUUGCUAGUUAUGUCCGUGUGAGUAAACUUUGUGAUGCUGCUGAUGUUUUUCAAGAAAUGCUUAAAACUGGAGUAAAACCAAAUGAGGUAGUGUAUGGAUCUUUAAUUGAUGGGUUUGCUGAAGCUGGUCACUUUGAAGAAGCCAUGAACUAUUUCCAUAUGAUGGAGGAUUCUGGGGUAUCAGCUAAUCAGAUAAUCUUAACUUCCAUGAUUAAGGCAUAUAGCAAGCUCGGUUCAGUAGAAGGAGCAAAACAUUUAUAUGAGAAGAUGAAGAACAUGGGCACAGGUCCCGACAUUAUUGCAUCUAAUAGUAUGCUCAAUAUGUAUGCAACGUUAGGAAUGAUAUCUCAAGCAAAAUUGAUAUUUCGUGAUUUGCGUCAGAAAGGGAGGGCAGAUGAGGUAACUUUUGCUACUAUUAUGUAUGCGUACAUGAACAUGGGUAUGCUAAGUGAAGCCAUUGGCAUUGCAGAGGAGAUAAAGCAGUCAGGAUUUCUGAGGGAUUGCAUGACAUUUAACCUGGUGAUGGCAUGCUAUUGCUCAAAUGGCAAACUUGUUGAGUGUGGUGAGCUGUUGCAUGAAAUGGUAGACAUGAAGCUUCUACCAAACAAGUCAACAUUUCGAAUAUUAUUCACCAUAUUACGCAAGGGAGAUUUUCCAGCUGAAGCAAUCAGACAGCUUAAGUCAUCAUACCUAGAAGGGAAAGAUCACGCAAGCGAUGCUGUGAUAACCUCUGUAUUUUCUAUGCUGGGUUUGCAUGCAUAUGCACUUGAAUCAUGUGAGAUCUUCAUAAACCCAACAAUGGGGCUUCAUUCCUUUGUCUACAAUGUUGCAAUAUAUGCUUAUGGAGUAUCAGGGGAUCCAGAUAAGGCCCUCAACAUCUUCAUGAAAAUGAUUGAUGUGGGUCUGAAACCAGAUGUUUUUACAUAUCUUGGCCUUGUAGUUUGUUAUGGAAAAGCUCGCUUAGUUCAACGCAUAGAGCGGAUAUAUAUGCGACUAAAAUGUGGAGACAUCAAGCAUGAUGAGUCAUUGUACAAUGCCAUCAUAGAUGCCUAUAAAGAUGCCGGCAGAGGUGAUCUUGCUUAUUUGGUUAGACAACAGAUGAGGCUUGCUAAAACAGAUGGUGAAUUUGAUGAAGAACAGUACCCUAACUCUGAAACUGGGGAUUCUUUUGAUGAAGAUGAGUGUCUUUACUAGUUUACUCUAAAAGUUAGCGAUGGCAUUCUCGGAACAAUACUAGCAGGUCAUCAACUCCUUAUCCAGAAUUUAGAAUGAUAGCUGUUGAAAAUUUCUGCCUUCAAGAUUUUCAGCUGGAUAUGAGGAUAUAAUCUGCUUGUGUUUCGUUACUGUAUAGAUCUUCGUCAAGUAGAAGAUGAGCACCAAGAUAUGAAUUCCUUGAUGGCCAAGAUAUGAGUUAUGGCUUACGGAUUUGGACCAUGGCUGCUGGUUAGCUAAUGAAGAAAACAUAGACGAACCAGAUCAAAGAAAAAUUAGAGAGGGAAGGGGGGAACUGUACUAUGACUAAUAUCCCCUGGCAGAACAGAUUGGCCCUCGAAGAGCUAAAGAAAGCAGCUUUUGACCUUCAUUAUUUUUGGUGUUUUGAGCUAGAACGCUACAAAACAAACAGAGGAAUCUUUCUGGCUUGUUAUCAGACCUUGGUCCAAGUGUGGUUUGUUAGUUUCUUUGGAGCACACGUUAGCCACCACUAACAAAGCAACCAUGCAUUUGCAUGAUCAAGGCUUCAAACCUCCCGCAUAAAACGGCACGGUACACAAAAUAAAAAUGAUAAGGUGUGAAAAUCAUAAAGGAAGAUGUUAGAGGUAGACCUCAUGUGUACACCACCGAAUCUCCACCACACAUCUUGGUAAUGAAUAAAACGAGCCAAGGAUAGAUAAGAAAUGUGUGGUGAGGAAACUGGUAGUGCACAAAUGUGGGCUAAAUGUACCCUUGAUAAAUUUCAUACUGCACCCUUCCUAGAUAUAAAUUGAGUUGACCAAGAAAACACAUCUGCUUUGGUUGAGUUGAGAAAUUCUUCAAAUGGUAUAUCCCUUCUCACACUUAGGCUCUCGAUAGCCUGGAGCCCAGCAUCCAAGUUGUCUAACUCUAAGUCUCCCCAUACCCAUUCUUCGAGUAAACGAUCACGUAGGCCCCGCACGUUCUCACCUUCAUUCAUCAGCAUAAAUAGGGAUUGGGCCUUUUGCCGCUCCCGCCGUAUUUCAUUUAGAUACUCCUAGAUCUCUGAAGGAAUCCUAAUUGUAUCUGGAACAUAUCUGAUGAAGGAAGGUGAGAACCCUAAGGAGCUUACGUGAUUGUUUACUCAAAGAAUGGGUAUGAGGAGAGUUGGAGUUAGACGACUUGAAUGUUGGGCUUCAGGCUAUCGAGAGCCGAAAUGUGAGAAGGGAUAUACCAUUUGAAGAUUUCCUCAAGUCAACUAAAGUAGAUGUCUUUUCGAUGACGCAAAGGCCUUACCAAAGGCCUAAGGUAUGUUCCUUUGUCAAGUCGAUUUUACAUCUAGGAGGGUGCAGUAUGAAAUUUAUCAUUGGGUAAUAGUAGAGGUACAUUUCACAUUCGUGCACUAAUAGUUUCCUCGCCGCACAUUUCUUAUCCAUCCCUGGCACAUUUUGUUCAUACCAAGAUGUGUGGUGUAGAUUAGGUGGUGUGCACAUGAGAUGUACCUCUAACAUCUUUCCUUAUGAUUUUCACACAUUAUCGUUUUUAGUUUGUGUAGUGUACUGUUUUACGCGGGAGCUUUGAAGCAUUAAUCAUGCAAAUGCAUGGUCGCUUUGUUAGUGGUGGCUAAACCCAAACUGGAAGUUCUUACAUGAUGUUUGCUGCAAAUAAACCAGACAGAGAGAAAAGGCAUGUCUGGAUUUAGUUCUUGGUCGCUCUGCACGUACUUUUAAAUAUCAAAAUUUUCCAUAUUGGGCAUGUUGGAAUAAGCAUAAUAUGAGUUCCCUACCAUAUUUCUCUUUUGGGAUGUCUAAAAAAGUCUCCUCUUUCUU